GUCGCUCUUUCCACUCUUUUCUUCGCGCAUCAGCCAUGGCAUCCACCUCGACUUCGACAACGGCGACGACAUCGACGACAACUGCCCCGACGACGCCAACACCAGCGUCCAUCGCUCAAACCCGCCGUAAGCGACGCCAGUCCACCUACCAUGCCGCCCGGUACGGUCCUCGAACGUCUUGCCAUCAGCUCCCACUCUCCUUAGAAGCUCUUGAUCUAUCCCUAUCGUCUCCGACGCCUAAUCUUGCAUCCCUUCGCAUCCUUGUUCUCUCAUACUUAGAGGAACUCGAGACCCGACUAGCGCAGCUCGAGUCUCCUUCAUGCGACUUUGACCUCGGGAUCGACUCGUUGAAGAGCAAGGGUGGACUCAAGGUCGAAGAGGCCCGAGCAUGGGUCAGAGACGGUCUGAAGAUGCUCGAACAGAUCAAGGAGGACGUAUGUUCGCAUCUGCCUGACCUACCACUCGAUUCGACCACCGUCGAGAACUAUGUUUCUUCCCAUCUCCCCGAGCUCCCGGACGUCCCAACCCUCAAGGAGGUCACCGCCCACCUCCCAGAGCUUGCGGAGCUUCGCUCGAGGAUCGCUGCCCUUGAUCUUUCAGAUAUGCGCACCCGGAUAGAGAGCGUCUGUUCGCACUUUCCAGACCUAGACUUCCAUCAUCCAUUGCAUUACCUUCCCACUCUUUCUGAACAUCUUAAUACCCUUCAUUCCCACCUAUCGUCCAUCCAACUUCCCUCCAGCAUCGCACUGCCCCUCUCUGUAUCUGCCACCGUUCUUCAUGACCUGCAUGAUAAGCUUCGAGCCACCGAGUUCUCGCCACUUAUUCACGGAAAGCGUUCUCUGCUCGAGAGAGCGGAGGAUAAGAUCGCUAAGAUGGCGAGAGAAACCAGAGAGGCUCUGAAACUCUCAUUGCACGGUAGUGCACUCAUCACCUAUGUGGACCUUCCCGAAGAGUGGCGUAAUAACCCGUUCGUGACGCACGGCUACCGCUUCAUCCCUCUGAAUAGAUGGCCUCUCAUCAUCGCUUCCUUAUUUACAGUACACAACGAGACUCUCAACAUUCAUACGCACCUCAUUCCAUUCCUCCUCUGGACACUCACACUCAUAAUACCCACAUCAUACUUCUCCUCGACCAUCCCGGCCUUCUCAAGCCUCGACAUCGACGCCCCCCUCUUCAUUUUCACCGUCUUUGCGCUAGUAUGUCUGUUCAGCAGCGUCGUGUGGCACACCAUGUCCGGAUGUGCGCAUUACCACGGCAUGGAUCUGUGUGCGAGGAUCGAUUAUGUUGGGAUCGGAUGGCUGAUCAGUGCGAGCGUUGGCACCAUCGUUUAUUACGGCUUUGACUGUCAACCGUACCUCUGCAACCUCUUCCUAUACUGUUGCUUUGCGUCCGGACUUGCGGGUAGCGUCCUGCCGUUCAUGGACUGGUUCAACAAACCACAGAAUAAACACAUUCGGAUCAUGUUCUUCCUCUCGCUCGCGUUCACGGCGCUCGCGCCGCUCGGAACACUUUCAUACCUCCACUCGACUAGUCAAAUGCUCACAUUCAUCGCCCCCGUCUCCCCGUCCCUCCUCUCCUACAUCACCGGCCUCGCCUUCUACGCCACCAACUUCCCCGAACGUUCCCUUCCCCCCUCCUGGGCUCCCCAUUUCGGGACCUACCUCGGUGGCGGGUCCCAUGCGGUUUGGCAUCUGUUCAUCGUGUUGGCGAUCAGUCAGCACAGGGCGGCGAUGCCGGUUAUGAGGGGGAUGGCGGGGAUGGGCGAGGUUUGUUGAGGUUGAUGCGUUUCGGUUUUACGAGGAAGGGGAGGGCAGGUGGGGUUUGUUAGGUUGGGAUGGCGUGGGUGAGUGAGGAGGCGGAGAGGCAAAGGAGGUGAUUUGGGAGUUGGUGUCCAUGUUGUUAGUUAUUGUGUAUUGUGCGCGCAGGAGGCGAUGUGGCAGACUCGCUCAUUUACUUUCGGGCCUCGGGUCAGGCAGUGACAUUUUUACAGGGUAGAAACGUCCCAUAUAAUCGUAUCAUAUAUAGCGUAUUGGUGGUGGCGUUGGUGUCGGUGGUCGUGGUCGUGGUCGUGGUCGUGGUCGUCGAUCGUCGUAGUUGUGGUGUUGGUGUCCAUGUUAGGAUGGUGGUGAUUCUUGUGGAUAAUAGAUGGCUUGGAAAUUUAUUUAUUGCGUGGAUCGUAGUCUGGAA